GAGAGAAUGAAAACUUCGACCCUUAGCUCAGAGUCCGGCGACUGACUUGACAGCGAGAGCUCCAGCGAACCAUGGCUCUGUGGUACCUUUGCGUGCUACUGCUAAACGUGGCCACUAUCUCCAGGUCUCAGGUCCUGUGGAACACGCAGCUACGGGACACAUCGCGAAUCCCUUCUAACUUCAGCAGACAGGAGCGCAUGGCAACAAUAGAGGCCCUGAAAGGUGCCAUCCAGAUUCCAACAGUGUCUUUUAGCCAUGAGAAGUCCAAUACCACGGCUCUGGCUGAGUUUGGAGAAUACAUUCAGAGAGUCUUUCCUACUGUGUUUCACACCAGCUUUAUCAAGCACGAAGUUGUAGGAAACUACAGCCACCUAUUCACUGUGCAGGGCUCAGACCCCAGCCUGCAGCCCUACCUACUGCUGGCUCACAUUGACGUCGUGCCUGCCCCUGAGGAAGGCUGGGAGGUGCCCCCGUUCUCAGGGCAAGAGCGUGAUGGCUUCAUCUAUGGUCGCGGCACACUGGACAACAAGAAUUCCGUGAUGGCGAUCCUGCAGGCCUUGGAGCUCCUGCUGCUCAGAAACUACACCCCACAGAGAUCUUUCUUCAUUGCUCUGGGUCACGAUGAAGAGAUAUCAGGGACAGAUGGAGCUCAGAAAAUCUCAGCACUGCUACAGUCCAGAGGCGUCCGGCUGGCUUUCGCUGUGGAUGAGGGCAGCUUCGUCGUGGAUAAUUUCCUUCCCAGCCUCAAGAAGCCCAUUGCCAUAAUUGCUGUCUCUGAGAAGGGCGCAAUGGACCUCAUGCUGCGAGUAAACAUGACUCCAGGCCACUCCUCAGCGCCUCCGAAGGAGACAACCAUCAGCAUCCUAUCAGCUGCCAUCAACCAACUGCAGCAGAACCCAAUGCCAAACAUGUUUGGAAGAGGGCAGGUGAAGACGAUGUUGCAGCAGCUGGCAGGCGAGUUUUCCUCCCCUAUCAAUAUAGUCCUGAGAAACCUGUGGCUGUUUCAGCCCUUCGUGAGCAGGUUCUUGGAGAAAAAUCCCAUAACCAACGCAAUGAUCAGAACCACUGUGGCACCCACAGUGUUUCAAGCAGGGAUCAAGGUGAACGUCAUCCCCCCGGUAGCCCAGGCCAUAAUCAACUUCCGGAUUCACCCUGCACAGACAGUGCAUGAGGUCCUAGAACUCACGAAGAACAUUGUGGCUGAUGACCGAGUGCAGUUCCAUGUGCUGAGGGCCUUUGACCCUUCUCCCGUCAGUCCCACUGAUGACCAGGCCUUGGGCUACCAGCUGCUCCGCCACACCAUCCACGCUGUCUUCCCGGAAGUCAGUGUUGUUGCCCCUGGAACUUGUAUUGGCAACACGGACAGCCGACACUACCUCAACCUCACCAGGGGCAUCUAUUUGUUCAAUCCCGUCUUGCUGAAGCCUGCAGACUUCAGAAUUCAUGGAGUUAACGAGAGGAUCUCAGUCCAAGCCUACGAGACCCAGGUGAAAUUCAUCUUUGAGUUCAUCCAGAACGCUGACAUGGAAUUGGUGGGGAUGCCAGACUCUCCUCACCAGCAUGAUCUGUGAGGUCAAGGAGGAAGCUGGGUGAGGGGUGCCCCCGCCCCAGGGAAAAGCCAAUGCUAAUAGAGAUUUUGGCCAAAACCACAUUUUGAUGUAUUACUGGUCUGCCUAGAUUAUUCCUGAGCUCAUCUGGAAGCAAGGCCUGGUGGGAGGGAAGACGGCAGAACUCGGGCUUCUCCCCGCCCUUCCUCCCGCUGCCCUCUGCAUCCUCCAGCUGACUGGCACUCACUGCCUUCUUGCUCCUCCUCUUAGGAAGACGUCAUCUGUCUUACGCUAAUUAUUUAACUGCGCCACCCUUUGAUACUGACAACAGAUGCUGUGUUUAAAAAUCUCAGCCAGGUUUUCGCUGAUAAAAGUGUUAAUUUAGGGGGCUUUAGUGCCCUUUUCAAGGCUUAUAUAUUGCUUCUUGCUAGAACUUUCCCCGUUUCUCUGUCUCUCUCUCCUCUCUCCAGGCCUUCACUGAACUGCAUCCU